CCCGCUCCACGAAUCAUACAACCUCAUGGCGAGGAAUAUCACCAGAUCUGGCGGGUACGGGCCAGCACUAUUGCUUGAUUUUGUUUCCGAUUGCUGCACUGCAUCUAGGACUAAGUCAAUAGCCCCAUUGGUAGUCAACGGUCAAGGUAAACCUGGUUGGCUUUGGUCGGGUGCUCGGUAGAUCGCGGUGAGCUCGCGGCCUCUUGACCAGAAGACAAGCACAUCUUCCCACGAGCUGCUACAUCUCUGAAUGUUUCCAUUGUUUCUUCAUCUCAGCACUUCUUUUCAAGUGAGUAACACUGAGGACCGCGAGAAAUCGGUGUGAAUCCUACAACGUUGUCCCUUGUGGUGCUUGUGGUUCGAGUUGUCGCAAACUCCACACCUGUGACACUUUCUGUCUCCGAACCGCCUCAACCACUCUGCGGCGAGACGACAUCUGCGACCAAUCUCUUACGCGCCAACCCACCGACCUCAAGUACUCGGGCCUUCAGACACUGCCGGACCACCUCUUUCCAGACUCCUGAUACUUCCCCCUCUGACUGCUGAUCCCUCACCGUCGACCUGGUCAGACACUGCCAAACACACGCUGAUACCGGCUGAACCCUCACCGAAAUCACCUAUUCCUCCCUGUCAAAGGGGAGGAAAGCAUUGACCAAGCUUUGCUUGACCAAGACUCCUCAUAUACCUCGCCGACCCUGAUGCUCCUUCGGUGAUCUCCAGGCGCAGGUCGUCGUGUUCUGCGUGCUCAUUUCUUUCGAUCACUUUCCUGGACGACGACUUCCAUUCUUUACUUUUCGGUCUUUUGGUUAUUCGACCUUUUCAACCACAGACAGACCAUCACGAUAUCUUUGAAACGCAAAGUCCUUUCUCCUCGACAUCAUGGGCAAACUCAUCAAGAACCACUGGGCCCGUCUCAUCGUCCUCACUGCCGCUGCAUAUCAAGUCCUCGCCAGCCUCGAGGGCUUCUUUUGGCCCAAGAUCUUUUGGGACUUCCUUACCAAGAACCUCGACGGAGCUGUCAAACCCUUUCCCGUAUUGCAGAUCAUCAAUUUGAUUCUGGCAUUCAUUGCCCUCGCUUGGGAAUGGCCACUCGCUCCGGUGGUCAAGUUGAUGCCGGGUCUCCAUAGGAGCAUGGAAGCAAGAUUGGUGGUGUAUCCCUUGUCUGCUCUGGCUGCAGUCAUCAUGUAUCAAUCAACAAAUGCGGCAUUAUACUACAUCAUUGGAGUGGUUGUAUAUUUCUGGGCCUACUCAGAAGGCGAGACUGUGUGUCCGGAACCUUGGACUGUCCCGAAGAGAGGCGGUGCCAGGACUGGCAAGGUAUGAGGAUAUCAGACAGCUGUGCUGGCUUUUAAAAAUGAAAAGUUGUCCCCAUGUGUGGGACAACGGCGUUGGUUAUGGUUACGGAUCGCUCUGGAUAUCGAAGUCGACAAGGCCAGGCUCAAGGAUUGGAUGUGGCAUGUACGCCAGCAACUGUAGAUAUUAUGCCCGACAUGGGAAAUGAAACAUCAUGUUCACCAACUGUA